AUGCCAUCUACAUUACAGAACCCGCCAAUCCGCCUCGAUCAACGCCUUGAUUUCUUUCAUUCUGUUGUUGUGAUCGCUGCUGUUGGUGCGCUAACUGUUGCUGUCGCUGCUGCUGCUGCUGUUCUCGCUGUUGCUGCCGUUGUAACUCUUGUUCCACCUGUUGCUGUUGUUGUUGCUGCUGCUGCAUCAGUUGCUGUUGUAGUUGUU